GUGCGAUGAGUGGUGGAGGGAGUGUGCGAUGAGUGGUGGAGGGAGUGUGCGAUGAGUGGUGGAGGGAGUGUGUGAUGAGUGGUGUCAUCAGUGUCAUCAUGGAGGGAGUGUGUGAUGAGUGGGGUCAUCAGUGUCAUCAUGGAGGGAGUGUGUGAUGAGUGGGGCCAUCGUGGAGGGAGUGUGUGAUGAGUGGGGCCAUCAGUGCCAUCAUGGAGGGAGUGUGUGAUGAGUGGUGGAGGGAGUGUGUGAUGGGUGGUGGAGGGAGUGUGUGAUGGGUGGUGGAAAGGGUGUGUGAUGAGUGGGGCCAUCAGUGCCAUCGUGGAGGGGGUGUGUGAUGAGUGGGGGAGCAAGUUAUUUGCUCUGGGAACAGAUGGAGCUGCUGUGAUGACCGGAGCCAAGGAUGGUGUGGUCACCCGGCUGAAGGGGGACAGGGCCAUCAUUGGCAUACACUGACCUUUUCUGAUGCCAUCGGGUCCAACGUGAUGUUUCAGAAAGUAGAAGACCUCCCCAGUGGGCUCUAUACCAGCCCACUGAACAGUGAAAACCUGGUAAACAGCUUCCAGGCUCUUUGGCGGCACACCACUGGUGCCCACCAGAAUUGUCGGGACCCGAUGGGUAGGACACCUACUGCGUGCACACGAACACUUCCUGCGAGGUUACCAGGGGCGUGUCCAGCACCUGGAACAGAACAAUCUGCUGAUGCCCAAAAUGUCUGAGGUGUCCAGCAGUCCAAGGCCAGGAAAUACUACAGUACUACGAGGGAGGCUGUUGUCUGCUUCUGUGGCUUCCUGCAUGACACACUAACACACCUGAGCAACCUGUCUGCCUGUCUGCAGAGGUUCACCAUCACCAUAGCAACCUGUCUGCCUAUCUGCAGAGGUUCACCACAGCAGAAGCCCACAGCUCCUUGUGCUCAACACAGGCAUUACUUAAGAAGUACAAAACCAGGUAUGUUUAGUUAAGCUGCAAUAAGAACUACUUACCUUAAGAGAGGACAAUUCUGAAAGGAUGGUAAGAUGAGCCUGUUAUCGUCAGAGAAGGGCCCAUGAUGAAGGCCACAAUGCCCAACAGAUAUGAGGGAAUUUUGCUGGCCAUAGGUGAGAGCAAGACCCUCGUUACAUCACAAAAUACUUGACAUGCUAGUGGAGAGUAUGACCGACAGGUUCCAGAACACCAGUGUAGGGGUCCUGUGUGCCACCAAGCUGGUCAGCUUCACCAGUGUAGAGGUCCUGUGUGCCACCAAGCUGGUCAGCUUCACCAGUGUAGGGGUCCUUUGUGCCACCAAGCUGGUCAGCUUCACCAGUGUAGGGGUCCUGUGUGCCACCAAGCUGGUCAGCUUCACCAGUGUAGGGGUCCUGUGUGCCACCAAGCUGGUCAGCUUCACCAGUGUAGGGGUCCUGUGUGCCACCAAGCUGGUCAGCUUCACCAGUGUAGGGGUCCUGUGUGCCACCAAGCUGGUCAGCUUCACCAGUGUAGGGGUCCUGUGUGCCACCAAGCUGGUCAGCUUCACCAGUGUAGGGGUCCUGUGUGCCACCAAGCUGUUCAGCUUCACCAGUGUAGGGGUCCUGUGUGCCACCAAGCUGGUCAGCUUCACCAGUGUAGGGGUCCUGUGUGCCACCAAGCUGGUCAGCUUCACCAGUGUAGGGGUCGGUCCUGUGUGCCACCAAGCUGGUCAGCUUCACCAGUGUAGGGGUCCUGUGUGCCACCAAGCUGGUCAGCUUCACCAGUGUAGGGGUCCUGUGUGCCACCAAGCUGGUCAGCUUCACCAGUGUAGGGGUCCUGUGUGCCACCAAGCUGGUCAGCUUCACCAGUGUAGGGGUCCUGUGUGCCACCAAGCUGGUCAGCUUCACCAGUGUAGGGGUCCUGUGUGCCACCAAGCUGGUCAGCUUCACCAGUGUAGGGGUCCUGUGUGCCACCAAGCUGGUCAGCUUCACCAGUGUAGGGGUCCUGUGUGCCACCAAGCUGGUCAGCUUCACCAGUGUAGGGGUCCUGUGUGCCACCAAGCUGGUCAGCUUCACCAGUGUAGGGGUCCUGUGUGCCACCAAGCUGGUCAGCUUCACCAGUGUAGGGGACCUGUGUGCCACCAAGCUGGUCAGCUUCACCAGUGUAGGGGUCCUGUGUGCCACCAAGCUGUUCAGCUUCACCAGUGUAGGGGACCUGUGUGCCACCAAGCUGGUCAGCUUCACCAACUGCCCAGAGUCAGGAGAUGAAGCAGCAGGUUACUUUAUGUUUUGUAUUACAGGGUGGUUGGGUUCAGGUUCAAGGUUCAGGUUCAUAUUUUUAAAGUUUGAGAAUUAAAACUGCAUUGUGCUUGUUGUAAUGUAUACAAUUAUUCUAGAUUUUGGAGACACUGGACACCCUGGUGAACCACUUCCUGUCCUGGAGACCUCUGGCAUCCAUGUUGAAAGGAUCCCUGACCAGUGGACUGUCCUGAAAGUGCUGAUGUACCAAGAGCCGCAGUCCCCUGCAGAAGAUGUCCUGGUUCUGUAUCAACAGUAGCCAUCAGCAGUCCUGCCCUGAUUUGCUGGCAUUGGUUGACCUGGUCCCAUCCUUCCCUGCCUCCACAGCUGAAUGUGAAAGAGGUUUUAAUACCAUGAAACAGGUGAAAACCGAUUGGCGGUCCAACCUAAAGUCUGAUACAGUGUCAGAUCUUAUGGUCCAGCUGUCCUCUCCAGAGAUCAGGGAGUAUGAUCCGAUAAAAGCUGUGAUGCUGUGGCACCAGGACUCUGUCAGGAGUAGGAGGCCAGACUUCAUGGACUGUGCAAAAGAGGGUGAUUGUAGUAGAGAGUGAGGAGUCUGAGGAGGUUUAAGUUUAUUUAAAUGAUUAAGCAUCUGAUAGGUUUACAAACCUUCAAAUGUACUUUUAUGUUUGAUCCUUAAGUACAUGUAAUAACAAAUACUUCAGUAGAAUUUUGAGUUCAAGACUUAAGUUGUAUUCAGGCUGGGAAAUGAAAUGUAGCCACAGCCAAAAUUAACCAGCGUCUGACAAGUCUCUAUUUUACCAGGGUAUUUCUACUCAAAGUAAAGGAUUUGUAGACCUGUUUCCCCUUUGUAUCAGUUCCACUGCACUUCUCAUAAUUGUAUCUUCCCAUUGUUGUUGCCCUGUUUUGACUUCUAUGUACUCUUAUUCAUUGUAUCUGAAAUGUUUUGUUUAUUUCAUUGUGUGCCCACUGUUGGGUGUUUUUUCACUCUGUACAGCACGUUUGGUCAGCUACAGUUGUAUUUAAAUGUGCUCUACAAAUAAACUUGAUUUGAUUAACCGUUGAUCAAUAUAUUAAAAUUUUGUUUCAAAUUUGGCUCUGGUCUCUUAAGUUUGUAUUCAACAUAACUUAUUAUCUCAGUGAAAUGUACAUGUGACACAAAAAGGCAAUUCAUUAUUUUGGCUGGUAAAAACAUAUGCUUGGUAGGUGAGCCAAAAAGUUAUUUUCUUGAGACUUGGGUAUGAGCAUGCGUGUAUGGGUUACAAAAUUCUAGUUGGAGGUUCCCAGAAUUAAGAGGGAAUCCUCCAACCAGAAUUUCUGAAAAGCCAGCGAACUUUGGGAAAGUUUCAAAGUUCGGUUCAAUUUCAGUUAGUCUGUAAGAAUGAGAUGAAACCAUUUCUGAAUGGGCUUUAUCAUCGGUUUGGAUGUAUGCGUUAACUGUCUGUCCCCUCCCUCCCC